ACCAGGGGGUGGGGAAAUGGUGACAGCUCCAGGAAGCCGCCGGCGGCACCGGGAGACAGCGAGGGGAGGCAGCCCGCAGGGUGGCAGCUCCCAGCCCGCGCUCGCCAAGCCCGCCGCCGCCGCCAUGGGCUCUCCGCAGCGCCCGCCGCUCGCCCACGUCUUCAAGGGGACCUUCGUGCACUCCAGCGCCUCCGCCCCCAUGGAGAUCCUCCACGGACACCUUCUGGGGGUGGACGAUAACGGGACAAUUGCAUUUGUGGAACAAGCUGAUCAGCUAGAGGAACUGGCGAAGAUGUGGGGGUUCAAAACAUCUGACAUAAGACAACUGAGUAAACAUGAAUUCUUCAUGCCGGGGUUGGUUGAUACACAUAUUCAUGCGCCUCAGUAUUCAUUUACUGGUACAAGAGUAGACCUGCCUCUUUUGCAGUGGUUGACUUCCUACACAUUCCCAACAGAAGCCAAAUACCAGGACAGUGGUUUUGCAGAAGAAGUGUACACCAGAGUUGUUAGACGUACUCUAAAGAAUGGCACGACUACAGCUUGCUACUUUGCAACAAUUCACACAGAUAGUUCUCUUAUUCUUGCUGAAAUUAUAGAUAAAUUUGGUCAACGAGCAUUUGUUGGAAAAGUCUGCAUGGACAUGAAUGAGAGUGUGCCACAAUACAGAGAGAUUACUGCUGACUCUGUCCAAGAGACAGAAAGGUUUGUUAAAGAACUACUAGAAAAGAAAUAUCCCAGAGUACAGCCUAUAAUAACCCCCCGCUUUGGCCCCUCCUGCACAGAGGACUUGCUGAAUGCCCUUGGGGAUUUAGCACAAGCCCACGAUCUCCGUGUGCAGAGUCACAUAAGUGAGAAUGAAGAGGAAGUCAAACUUGUGGAGAACAUGUUUCCUGCCUACCAGAAUUACACUGAACUGUAUGAUAAAAACAAGCUGCUAACCAGCAAGACAGUGAUGGCUCAUGCCUGUCAUCUUUCUGAAGAAGAGCUGAAACUUUUUAGUCUUCGUGGAGCUGCAAUUUCACAUUGUCCCAAUUCUAACUUUUCGUUGCGCAGUGGUGUCUUAAAUGUGCGAAAGGUUCUCGAACACAAUGUGAAGCUUGGUCUUGGCACAGAUGUUGCUGGUGGAUAUUCAGCUUCUAUGCUUGAUGCUAUAAGGAAAACAAUGAUGGCAUCUAAUAGCCUUCAGAUCAAUAAAGUGAAUGAAACAGGACUAACUCUUGAAGAAGCUUUUCAGCUGGCCACUCUGGGAGGAAGCCAAGCUCUAGGAUUAGAUGAUGUGAUUGGAAACUUUGAGGUGGGGAAAGAAUUUGAUGCACUGCUAAUCAACACGAAGGCUUCAGAUAGCCCUUUUGACUUAUUCUCUGCUGAUGAUUUUGAGGACACUCUCCAGAAGUUCCUGUAUCUAGGUGAUGACCGGAAUAUUUCUGAAGUGUAUGUGGCUGGAAAGCAAGUGGUUCCUUUUUCAAGCUCUGUAUAAAUCCAUUUUACUUUUGCAAAAUACUCUGCUGAUCAUUCUGCAUCUGAUUCGGAAAAGGUUGAUUAAACACAGUGCCUGAUCAUAAGGAAUGACACCUUACUUUUGGAUAAUGUUAUAAAACUUGCAAGCAUUGAAAAUUUUGUUAGACCUUUUGAGAAUUACUUUACCAAAAUUACUACCAAAAUAGUUCUAGAGGAAAUGGCUAUUUAAAUUUCUUUGUAAAAAUAGCAUUUGUGCAUUGAUAGGGGAUCUGAUAAAUAAUUUAUUUAAAGAGGACACCUGCAGCUGUGCUUAAUAAUAGUAUAGGAAGUAUUAUGUGGAACGAUGAGAUGUUCAUUGUCUAUAGGAAUUAAAAAAAACCCCACUGCUUGUAAAUUGAUUUUGCAGGUAAUGAAUAUCAUGGAAGAAUGCAAUUUCCAUAAUAUUAUCAUCAAGUAUGGAGAAAUCAGUGUCAUUUUGGGGAAUGGAGUUUUCAGUUUUUCCUAGGAGCUCUUUUAAAAAUAAAUAUUUAAUUUAAAACGUUAUUUUUGAAAAGGAGUUAAGUAAGAAUUGUGUGUUUAUAAAUAAAUAAAUAAGGGUCCUUAUCAAAGAAUUUAGAAUUGUCAUUUGUAGCCAGACACUCCAUUGAAUUAUCUUGAUCUGAGUGAUGGCUGAAUGAAACUUCUGUUAAAUUAGAAGCAGGCACUAAGAUAUCUCUGCAGGCUACACAAUGGCAAACAAAUUAAGAGGGUUUUCUCGACUAGAGGGAAUGCUUCGUCUAGUUCAGCGUCCUGCAGAAUCUUCCCAAACUCAUUUGCUCCUGACUGUUCAGACAGGAUGAUAUGAUGUCCCUUCUUCUUCCUGUAAGGGAAAUGAGUGCAUUUAAAAAAUUUCCAAGAGAAAAGGUCUCUUUCUGGCCAUUACCACCUUUGACUUGAGGUGAAAAUCAUCACUGAAGAAAAACCAGUUUAGCUUCACUGUGCUCUUUGCAUUUUUCAAUGUGGCAGCCAUAAAUCCAGCCCUGUUCAAUUACAGGAUUCCAGUUUAAAAAUAUGCCCUUUUUUUUUUUGUUUUUUGGAAAUCUGAGUGACUUCCUUUC